ACGUCGGAACAUUUCGUGUGCAUCCCUCCAUAUCUGUUAGAUGCUGACACCUUCAUUACUACAACCUCGGGGCACUUUAUGCCAUUCCGGGAUGCCUUCAUGAGCACUGCAGUAUCUCACUCCAUCCCGGUGUCGUGUUCGUAGCUGUUCCCCCUGUAGUAAAUUUACAUACUCGUAGCGCUCUCUCUCUCUCUCUCUCUCUCUCUCUCUCUCUCUCUCUCUCUCUCUCUCUCUCUCUCUUGUAACCGGAAAUCCUUUCUUGCGCCACAUUACUCAUUCCUUAUCUUCUGACAUACGAACAGUAGCCGUAAAUUUACAAGUAUUUACUCUCUGUAAACAAAAGCCUGACUCCUGUGAACAUUUUUUUGGGGCCUAUUUCAUCCUUAUAGUUAGCUAAUCUUUUAACCACGUCUUCAGCCAUGUUGAUGACAGCAUGUUGUGUCCCUAGCUGUCCUCUUAUACGCGGCUGUCAACCCGCGAACUGCGCAUGCUCAGAACCCAAUGUUUACAAAACGGUGUUGAUAAACAUACCUGUCGCAAAAACAUGACUCAAGAUUUGGUUAAAAGAUUAAAUAUACAUAAGAAUGACAUACAUCCCAAAAAGUGUUCACAGCAGUCCAAAUUUUGUUUGUAAAGUAAGAGCGAACAGCUAUGUACUACAGGAGGACAGUUACGAACACCACCGGGAUGGAGUGAGAUACUGCAGUGCUCAUGGAGGCAUCCUAGAAUGGCAUAAAAUGCGCACAUCCACUAGACGUGAUUGCAAGACAUCCUCAAGAACAGCACAAAGGAGUUACACAUGAUGGCGUUCACAGCAAGUGACUGUUUUCGCUUAAAAUGCUUGCGUAUAUUGGAGACAGUCGGCGAGGCAGUGAUGACAUACACACUGAAGUGCGGGACACACGGCAAGUCCUCCAAUGUCUCUCUCGACGAGUAUUUGAGAGCCCUCCCGCAGAACUCGACAGCCAACUACGGCAAGAUAAUUAAAGAAAUAAUAAGGCGACAACCUGUACAACCUGAAAAGAUUCCUGAUGUGUACCAGAGCCACUUAAGAAAGCAGUUUACUUCAACAGACAUGAGUCAAAUAAAAAAGAGCCCUUCCUGCGCCCACUUCGACAUAACUCUCCUUUACAAAAGCAUCAAGCUGGCGUGUGAGAACGUUGCAGGGAUCAGUGACUCAAAGUGGACUCACAAAAGUAGCGAGAUGGAGUAUUUAAUUACAGAGAUAAAGAACUCAAGGAAUGAAGUUGUGCACGAAAAGUCUCCCAUGAGUGAGGAACAGUUCCUGACAAAACUUAAAGAGCUGAGUGUUCUCUUGGUCAGCGCCUUGGAGGCCACUCAGAUGAGGUACUGCAGACCCGAGGCUGAAUUGAAGGACAAGAAGGAGGAGGUGUUCAGAGCUUUUGAUGACAUCAGGAAGGAUAAUAUUGGGGAAGAAGAAAUAUUACAACGAUCAGCGAGCAAAAUAUUGCCACUUUUCAAGAUGGAAGCUAACAAAGAACUCCAGCGUAGCCUCGACUGCGCCAAGUACCUCGACCCACUUCACUUCCUGUGUGGCCACGAAAAUCACACGGUCGACGUUCAAACUGUAUUUUCAAGAAUCAUAAUAACAAAAGAGGAGAGGAGUAAAAAUCAUGGAGAGAAAGCAGAUGAAGACGAAAUCAUUGAUUAUUCUAAGCUGCUUCAGAUAACACAAGCUGGAGAACCGAUCUCAUCUCGAGAAGAACCGCCUGGUGAGCAACUCACGAGGCCAAAAAUCGUGCUGGUUGAGGGAGACACUGGUAUUGGCAAGACAACCUUACUCACAUUCAUUUUGUCAGAGUGGCUCAGUGGUGAGUGUGAUCGCCGAAUGGAGGGGCUGGCUCACUACGACCUGCUACUGUGGGUCGUGUGCCGGGAACAGUACAGUAGCUCGCUUAACGGUCUGCUGAAGCAGGUCUUACCAGAAGCCCACAUCAAGUACGGACAUCUCCUGCUACCUCUCCUGAAAAAAUGCAGAGUCCUCGUACUCGUUGAUGGUCUGGACGAGAUGAACGUUGUCUCACACCAGCUCGUGACAAGCAUCCUCAGUGAAGGGAAAGAAUCCACUAAUUUUACCGUCAUCUGCACUUCUCGACCAGUAAAUGUCUUUGAAUUCAAACCUAGAAUACCUAAAAACUACAAGACUUUCCAUGUUAAAAUACUGGGCAUUUCCCCCGAGGAGAGGACACACGUGGUCGUAAAACACUAUGAGUGGCUCACCGGGGGAAGGUCCAAGGAUGUUGACCGGCUCAGGCAGAUAAUGCAAAACAUUGGCUGGAGGGACCUGUUUCGUCUCCCUCUCAAUCUACUUUUUCUUUCAACUAUGGCUCAUUAUGAUAUGAACUUCAUCGGUACCACCAUAACACAGUCCCAUCUAUACCAGUUCAUCCACAAGUGGAGCGUGGAGAAGCUACACCAUAGAUUAGCUGCACAUGCCAAUGUUCUGCACGACAGAGUGCUCCUCGAAAAGAAAAUAGACAAUGUUUUGAAGGUAAUAUACUUCAUAGCACUAAAAGGAAUCCUUGAAGGUCGUAUCUAUCUAUCAGAGGAGGAUCAAGACCUGUUAACUGCUUCCUGUAUCAGAGAGGGUGUGCCAAGAGAGGAGGUGAUGCCGACAUUUUAUUCCUUGCGACGAGAAGUGACAUUCGGCGUGCCGAAGGAGCGGUACUAUGCCCCACACAAAGGGGUUCAGGAAUUCUUUGCGGCCCAGCACAUUAUUGACCAAGUGAUCAAAUGUAAGAAAAAAAACAUCAGGAGCGUCCUGAAAAACUUUAUGGCGGGAAAGAAACUACGUCUUCAGCCGCUAAAUAAUGUGCUCCGUCACCUCUUGGGCCUACUGACUCGGCAGAAUAAGCCUGUUGUCAAGGCAAUGAAGGAAACUGUGAAUAUGAUACAUAAAUCUGGAGUAAAGCGGAUUCAUGAUUGGAUGUUUCUGCUGACAGACAUAGAGGCACAUCCAGCCACUGUGCAGCACAUAUGGCAUCGUAUCAAAAAAGACAAAGACACAGAACAUGGUGAGAUAUUCAUACGCGAUAGCACAGUGCACGCUGCAGCUUGCCUAUUGCCGCUCAUCCCUAGCAGGGCAGUGAACGUUAUAGUGGAGAGAGAGUUACCGUGGAUGGAUACCUUGCUACGGGCCAUUGGUAACCACAAACUAUUACGUCUGUGGCUGGAGCAUCACUACACUCACCCUGAUCCAGCCACUUCCUCAGGCCGCCUCCUGCAGCACGUACCGCGGAAUCACCUGAUGUGGUUCAAAGGCCAUAUCAAUGCUGAGCACCUGCCGUUACUCCCUGUGUGCCUGCAAGACCUCGCCUUGGCAGUGGCAGGCAGCGACCACGCCAGCACCUUCCUGCCUGCCCUCAAGAGUGUCCUGCCAUCACUCCCUCGCUUGCACAACAUCGUCAUCCACGUUCCCGUAACAAAAGUUAACCCACAAGUACUCACGGCGCUGCCUGCGGUGCGGAAUGUUUCGCUCAUCUUGUCCGCCAUGGGAGAGCAGGAUGUAGAAUUGGCCUGGCGUAUUGCAGCGGCCUUGUGCCCCAACGCGAUAGGAUACGGGGCCAUCAGAUUUGCGGUGACUAGCUUAACGAUGGCUGGGUGGAAGAGGCUGCUGAGGGGUCUGGCAAGGGCCGGGGUGAGUGUCGCGCAUGCUAUUGUAAUACCCAAACCCGCCAUCACUAACGAGGAGCGGCGCGAGCUGGACACCCUCUCCAAGCUCCUGCUGGGGUGUAGCACGAUGAAAGCGGCCCCCGAUAUGAUAUGGUAGUACGGGAUCUCAGCACGUGAAGACCAAACUCAAUGACCUGCAACAAGUACAUUUGCAGCUACCGUGACCUGCUUCUCCUUCUGUCUCGUGUCGAUGAGGCUCAACGUUAUAACUUAUUCUAUAACACUUAUUCUAGUCACGAAAAAGGCGCAAUAUGUACAAAAUUAUAUAAAAAUAGAAUUCGCUGA